GUGAAAUGGCGCAGGGAGGAAUUCAGCUGCAUCAGGAAACUUUCUCUUGUUCCAUCUGUCUGGAUCUACUGAAGGAUCCGGUGACUAUUCCCUGUGGACACAGCUACUGCAUGAGCUGUAUUAAAAACCACUGGGAUGAAGAGGAUGGAGAGAAAAUCCACAGCUGUCCUCAGUGUAGGAAGGACUUCAUACCAAGACCUGACCUGGUGAAAAACACCAUGUUAGCAGAUUUAGUGGAGGAGCUGAAGAAGACUGGACUCCAAGCUGCUCCUGCUGAUCACUGCUAUGCUGGACCUGAAGAUGUGGCCUGUGAUUUGUGCACUGGGAGGAAACUGAAAGCUGUCAAAUCCUGUUUGGUGUGUCUGGUCUCUUACUGUGAGAAACACCUCCAGCCUCACUAUGAUGUACCUCAGUUAAAGAAACACAAGCUGGUGGAGCCCUCUGAGAAGCUCCAGGAGAACAUCUGCUCUCGUCAUGAUGAGGUGAUGAAGAUGUUCUGCCGCACUGAUCAGCAGUGUAUCUGUUAUCUCUGCUCUUUGAAUGAACAUAAAGGCCACGACACAGUCUCAGCUGCAGCAGAAAGGACUGAGAGGCAGAGAGAGCUGGAGCUGAGUCGACAACAAAUCCAGCAGAGAAUCCAGGACAGAGAGAAAGAUGUGGAGCUGCUUCAACAGCAGCUGGAGGCUAUCAAUGGCUCUGCUGAUAAAGCAGUGGAGGACAGUGAGAAGAUCUUCACUCAGCUGAUCCGUCUCAUGGAGGAAAGAAGCUCUGAUGUGAAGCAGCAGAUCAGAUCCCAGCAGGAAAGUGAAGUGAGUGGAGUCAAAGAGCUUCAGGAGAAGCUGGAGCAGGAGAUCACUGAGCUGAAGAGGAAAGAUGCUGAGCUGAACAAGCUCUCACACACACAGGAUCACACCCACUUUCUACACAGCUACCCCUCACUGUCACCACUCAGUCAAUCUACACACUCAUCCAGCAUCAAUAUCCGUCCUCUCAGGUACUUUGAGGAUGUGACAGCAGCUGUGUCAGAGCUCAGAGAUAAACUACAGGACAUUCUGACAGAGGAAUGGACAAACAUCUCACUGACAGUGACUGAACUGGAUGUUUUACUGUCACAACCAGAGCCCAAGACCAGAGCUGAAUUCUUAAAAUAUUCACAGGAAAUCACACUGGAUCCAAACACAGCAAACACACAUCUGUUAUUAUCUGAGGGAAACAGAAAAGUAACCUUAAUGAGUGAAGAACAGUCUUGUUCUAGUCACCCAGACAGAUUCACUGAAUGGUGUCAGGUCCUGAGCAGAGAGAAUCUGACUGGACGUUGUUACUGGGAGGUGGAGUGGAGAGGAGGAGUUUCUGUUGCAGUCGCAUACAAGAAUAUCAGCAGAUCAGGAAACUCAGAUGAAUGUGGAUUUGGAUACAAUGACAAAUCUUGGGCAUUAAAUUGUUUCAAAUACAGUUUUUCAUUUUGGUUCAACAACAUCCAAACUCCACUCUCAGGUCCUCAGCCCUCCAGAGUAGGAGUGUACCUGGAUCACAGUGCAGGUAUUCUGUCCUUCUACAGCGUCUCUGAAACCAUGACUCUCCUCCACAGAGUCCAGACCACAUUCACUCAGCCUCUCUAUGCUGGACUUUGGCUUGGUUGGCCUGGAGACACAGCUGAGUUGUGUAAAGUGAAAUAGAUAAAAGUCAUUGAAGGUGCAGUUUGUUAAAAUGUAUAUUUUAGUUGUUGAAGUGAUUUUGUCUCCAUGUUUGUUGCUGUUGUGUUUGUGCACUGCACAGAGAUCAGCUGUCAAUCAAACAAUGAUUGUCAGCUCUUUAUUAUCUUCUCAUUUCUUGUUGUGUUGAUGUUUGAGUUUCUUUAGGUGGAGCUGGAGCCAUGGAGGAGAUCACUGCUCAUGAUGAUCUGUGUUUACCUCAACUCACAUUUCUCCACAUGAACAUAGAAACUUCUCUGUUGGGUUCUGACUUUGUAAAGAAAGAAAUCUAUAAUUACAUUUACAUUUAUUCAUUUGAAAGAACAGAUGUUCAUCCACUCAAACUGUUUAAUCUCUGAUUAGUUUUGAAUUGUUUGUUGCUUUUCUGAACUGAGUUUGUGUUUCUGCACCUGCAUGAUGAAUCGUAUCUCAUGGAAACAUGAACAGUCUGAAAACAUGUUAAGACUCAGUCAUUAGAUCAGAACAAGGUCAACAUGUUGAGACAUAAACUUAAUGUCUUAAAUGCAUUUGUUGCCUCUAGGCUGGACUACUGUAAUUGCCUAUUAUCAGGAUGUCCACUUAACUCUCUAAAAAGCCUCCUGCUGAUCCAAUAUGCUGCUGAGAGAGUACUGACUGGAAUUAGCCGGAGAGAUCAUAUUACUCCUGUACUAACUUCUCUUCAUUGGCUUCCUGUAAACUGAAUUGAUUUUAAAAUCCUUCUCCUUACAUAUAAGGCCCUCAGUGGCCAGGCUCCUUCAUAUCUCAAAGAGCUCAUAAUACCAUAUUAUCCCUUGCUUCGCUCCCAGAAUGCAGGUUUUGGUUCCCAAAAUCUCUUAAAGUAGAAUGGGAGGCCGAGCCUUUAGCUAUCAGGCCCUUCUCCUGUGGAACCAACUGCCAGUUUGGCUUCAGGAAGCAGACACCCUCUCUCAUUUUAAAAUUAAGCUUAAAACCUUUUUGUUCGACAAAGCUUAUAAUUAGCUGUAGUUAUGGUUUUAGUUAUUUUAGUUAUUAUGACUAAACCUAUAGUUAGUCACAAUUAUCUCUAUAGACACUGUUAUAGUUAAGGAUGUAGCCCUUAGUAGGGAUGGCUCAGGCAGCUGAACCAUCCCUUGGUUAUGCUGCUAUAGGCCUAGGCUGCUGGGGGUCUUCCCAUGAUCCUCUGCACACUUCUCCUCUUCUCUCUUUCUCUCCUCAGACCCACUCUCACAUUUCUUAACCUUUACUCCAUGUCAUUAUCUCUGUGUCCUCUCUGUCCUGUAGUCCUGUGCCUGUCUCUCUCUGGUCUCUCUGUCUCUGUACCUUUCUGCAGGUGUCUCUGGCUGCGGAGCUGCAUGUUCUCUGUCUGUGGUCCUGGCUCCACCCACCUGCUGCUGUUUAUUGUUUACAAUGAUCCAUUUCUAACACAUUGCUAUUUUUAAUGUUCCCAUCUGCUACAGAUACAUGUUGGAUUAAUAUUCUAUGCAGACUGUAAUGUAAAUAAUUACCAAUCAUGACAGCUCUUUGCUUCUGUGCUGU